CCGUUUGACGCUCAUCCCUGGUAUCCCACUCCCCUCCCUCCCCAGCCAACGACCUCCGCCGCCGGCCACCGCCUGCCUCAGAUCCCCCGCCCCGCCCUUCCGUUACUCCCAGCGCGACGCGGCUGCGUCCAUGACGCCCUCCUCCGCUCUAGCCCUCGCGCUCCAGGCCGCGGCGUCCCCGCUCCCGGCCUCCACGCCGCGGUCCUCGCCCAGGUCCAGCUCGCUGAGCCUGGGCCGGGGGACCGCCGGGAACGGCCCGCGCCGUCUUGCCGCAGCAGCGCCCCCACGGGCGUUCUUCUCAUCGUCCCCCUACCAGCCGCCCCAACCGGAGGGGUUCUCGCCACACCGGGAGUACGGCCUGGUCCCCAUGGUGAUCGAAACCACCUCCCGCGGGGAGCGCGCCUACGACAUCUUCUCGCGCCUGCUGAAGGAGCGCAUCGUCUGCAUCAACGGGCCCAUCGCCGACGACACGGCCUCGCUUGUCGUCGCACAGCUGCUCUUCCUCGAGUCCGAGAACCCACUCAAGCCCGUCCACCUCUAUAUCAACUCCCCCGGGGGUGUCGUCACCGCGGGGCUCGCCAUCUACGACACCAUGCAGUACAUCCGCUGCCCCGUCACCACGCUCUGCAUCGGCCAGGCGGCCUCCAUGGGCUCGCUCCUCCUCGCGGCUGGGGCGCCGGGUGAGAGGCGCGCGCUGCCCAACGCCAGGGUCAUGAUCCACCAGCCCUCGGGCGGCGCGCAGGGGCAGGCCACUGACAUCGCCAUCCAGGCCAAGGAGAUCCUCAAGCUGCGCGACCGCCUCAACAAGAUCUACCAGAAGCACACGCGCCAGCCCAUCGACAAGAUCGAGCAGUGCAUGGAGAGGGACCUCUUCAUGGAUCCCGACGAGGCGCGCGACUGGGGCCUCAUCGACGAGGUCAUCGAGAACCGACCUGCCUCGCUCAUGCCCGACGGAAUCGUUGGAGGCCUCGAUGUGCCCAGCCUCGGUGGCGGUGGGGGCGGGGGCGGACGGGGAAGCGACGUCGAGGAGCCUUCGGCGGUGUGAGAAUUGGCCUCAAAGGUGAAAUCCCGUUCGCAUCCGGUGGCUUUGUUGUUUGUUGUUAGAUCUGAAGGUUCGAUUCUUACCGUACAAGGUUAACCUUGUUAUUCUGGUUACGGAGGCAUCCGGCUCCCCAUUCUCCUUGUUGCUUCAAUUGCCUGAAUUGAGCUAUUGGUGAUAUAAUUAUUACAACUCCAAGGAAAUUCUGUUCUGCUGGUACUGAUAAAUUGACAAAGUAUUGUGUAUGUUGUACUAUACUACUAUAUUAGUAUCAAUUCCAUGCCAGGGCAUUGAAAUUUU